AUGAGGGCUGCCUUCGCAAGGAGUGCUGCCUUCGCAAGGAGUGCUGCCUUUGCAAGGAGUGCUGCCUUAGCAAGGAGUGCUGCCUUCGCAAGGAGUGCUGCCUUCACAAGGAGUGCUGCCUUCCCAAGGAGUGCUGCCUUGGGACAGAGUGCUGCCGUCCCUAGGAGUGUUGCCUUCGUACAGAGUGCAGCCUUCGCAAGGAGUGCUGCCUUCGCAAGGUGUGCUGCCUUCGCAAGGAGUGCUGCCUUUGCAAGGAGUACUGCCUUCACAAGAAGUGCUGCCUUCGCAAGGAGUGCUGCCUUCGCUAGGAGUGCUGCCCUCGCAAGGAGGGGUGCCUUCGCAAGGAGGGCUGCCUUCGCAGGGAGUGCUACCUUCGCAAGGGGUAAUGCCUUCGCAGGGAGUGCUACCUUCGCAAGGGGUGGUGCCUUCGCAAGGAGUGUUGCCUUCACAAGGAGUGCUGCGUUCACAAGGAGUGCUGCCUUCGCAAGGAGUGCUGCCUUCACAAGGAGUGCUGCCUUUGCUAGCAGUGCUGUCUUCGCAAGGAGGAUUGCCUUCAAGAGGAGGGCUGCCUUCACAGGGAGUGCUGCCUUCGCAAGGGGUAAUGCCUUCGCAAGUAGCGCUGCCUUCUCAGGGGGUAUUGCCUUUGAACGAGUGCUGCCUUCCAAUGAGUGCUGCCUUCGCAAGGAGUGCUGCCUUCGCAAGGAGUGCUGCCUUCGCAAGGAGUGCUGCCUUUGCAAGGAGUGCUGCCUUCGCAAUGAGGGCUGCCUUUGCUGGGAGUGCUGCCUUCGCAAGGGGUGGUGCCUUCGCAAGGAGUGCUGCCUUUGCAAGGUGUGCUGCCUUCGCAAGGAGAUAUGCCUUUGCAAGGAGUGCAGCCUUCGCUAG